AUGAUAGCGAAUUCGUAUGAUUGUGUAAAGAUUGAGCCCAGUUUCCCAGAAGAAAUGGGACGAACGCCGAUGAAAGAAAUCAAUAAUAUGGAAUCAAGCAUGCGAGUUGAGAAUGCCGUUCAAAAUUAUGAGCACAGUAUUCCUUCCCCAUACACUAAUUCAUCAUAUUCGGAUAAUUUUUCGAACUGCGCAAUCAAGAACGAUUAUCCUACUUGUCAAUUACCUGGGUAUACUUACUAUUCUCAGAGUGACAUGAUAAACUAUUCAUUCAUCCCACCUCAUAAUUAUUCAUAUGAUCAUAACUAUUCACCUGCACAUUCGAAUAAUACUCAUCAUUCGUUCAGUUGUCAUCAAACUUAUAAUUGUUAUUCAUCGUAUUCACCUAUCCGAAACCAAAGCCGAGUUUUCCCCAGUAAAGUUGAAUCUCCGGAUAGUGAUACUGAAAACAGUUGCUUUUCGAUCAAAGAUGAACAGAUGAAGAAAAAGUAUGCGUGCACAUUCCCUGGUUGUGAGAAAAGAUAUUUAAAGUCAAGCCAUCUAAAAGCUCAUUAUCGAAUUCAUACUGGUGAACGUCCAUUAAUUUGUGUAUUUCCUUAUCCACGUAAUAUAACUGGUAAAAUUCCGAUUAAUUCAUUGACUAUACCAAUAUGUGGGAAAACAUUUGCACGUUCAGAUGAAUUAACGAGACAUUUAAGAAAACAUUUAAAUUUACGACCAUUCAAGUGCAAUUUAUGCUCAAAAUCAUUUAGUAGAUCUGAUCAUUGUAAAACACAUCAACGUACUCAUUUACAUGGUCUCGAUAAAACAACGACUCCAUAUUCCAAUAACCAUACUAGUAAUGAAAUAAAUAACGAUUUUAUUCAUUCCUCAACACAUUUUAUAACAUCAGCAGAAGUGGGUGUGAAUUCUUUCAUUAACUCUUUACCGCCAACAUCAUUGUCAUCACCAUCAUCACAUCUGUCAUUUCCGAUGAAUACAGAAUAUUCACAAUCAUUAAGAUUAGAUUCUUUGCCUUAACAUCCUCUUCUAUAAAUCACAUUCCUCAAUAUGAAAACUACAAUAAUUAAGGUGUUAAUUUCACUUUUUUUCUCUUCAGUUAAUUUAACAAUAAAG